AUGGCCGGGACUGGACAGUGGGCCUCCCUGCUCCUGUGCCUGCUGCAGUCCGCCCCAGGACAAGGGAGAUCCCGCCUGGCCCCUCCACAGAACGUGACGCUGUUCUCCCAGAACUUUGACGUGUACCUGAUGUGGCUCCCAGGACCUGGCAACCCCCAGAAUGUGACUUAUUUGGUGGCCUAUCAAAGCUCCUCGAACCCCAUGCACUGGCAAAAAGUGAAGAAGUGUGCAGGAACCACAGAGCUGGUGUGUUCCCUGAUAUGUGUGAAGAAUCAGGACCUGUUCAACAAGUUCAAGGGCCGUGUGAGGGCAGUUUCUUCCAGUGUCCGGUCCCCCUGGGUGGAGUCCAAGAGCCUGGAUUACCUUUCUGAAGUGGUGCCGGCGCCACCCACCCUUGUUUUCAAGCACAAGGAGGAGAUGCUGAGCGUCAAUGCCACGUACCAGCUGCCACAGUGUAUGCCCUUGAUCGAUCUAAAGUACGAAGUGUGUUUCUGGAAGGAGGGGACUAGGAACAAGACAACAUGUGCAGGCAUUCCCUAUGGCCAGCCAGUUCAGAUCCCCCUCCAACCAGCCACAGGUGGACAGCACUGCCUCAGCGCCAGGACCAUCUACACUUUCACCUCCCCUAGGUACAGUGAGUUCUCGAAGACCAGCUGCUUCUUCCUAGAGGCCCCAGUUCUCCACUGGCCAUUUCUGGUGCUGCUGCCACUUGCGCUGCUUGUGUUGAUUGCCAUGGGGAGCGUGAUCCGGAAGAGACCCCACAGGGAUUCCUGGUUCCAGCAGGCAAAGAUGCCCCGGGCCUUGGACUUUUCUGGAUACACACACCCCGUGCCGACCUGUCAGCCCAGCAUCCCAGAAGUCCCCAACGCCUUGAUCCUCUGUCCUCAGACGGAGCUGACCCCAAGUACCUGGCUGGCCCCCAGAGUCAGGACCCUGCAGGUGGGGCCUGAGGACAAUGCUGAGAGCGGGGAGGAGGAGCCGGAGGAAGAUGACACAGAUGACAACGUCAGCGUCCAGCCCUACAUUGAGCCACCCUCCUUCCUGGGCCAAGGACUCCAGCAUCCCCAGUGCUCUGAGACAGAUGGGGUGCAUUCAAGAGGACCCCAGGCACUGGUCCAGGUGAAAGGCAGUUCUACUUGGGAUUCCUCAGGCAGAAGCUGGGCCAGCAAUGUAGAUUCCCCCUCCUGUGACGAGGCUGCCAUCUCUGAUUAUGUGACCAAGACGGGGCCCAAUGAGGGACUUAAGGAGGAUGGGCGCUGGGAGCCUGUCCCAACACCCGAGUUACCUGACAACUUGGCUUCCCUGAAGGAGAUACCUAGAGAAGACCUCUCUCCCUGGGCCACCUGGGGCUCCUCAUCAGGAGGGCCAAGUCUGGUCCCUGAGGAGCCUCCAGUUUCUCCCUGGAAACUGACUUUCUGCUGGGACAGCAGCGCAGAAGAGGAGGAGGUAGAGGAGGAGGAAGAUGGAGAGGAAUCGGAAUGUGAAGACAGUGACUCUGGUCACUGGGGGGCUGAGAGCUCCCUAAGAACUGAGGGUGUGAGUGCGUGCCUUGGACAUUACAUGGCAAGGGACGCCACAGAGACCUACAAACCUAUGUACAACAUUGAGGUGCUAGAGGGUUCUCAGGGCACCACUGAGGCCCCAAUGUGA